AUGUCCCAGCAUCUUCAGACGGAGCCCACCAUGUCCAUCUUCUGCCCACCAAUGGAGCCAUCAUACUCGACCAGCAGCCAAGGGUCGAUGCAGUCUGCGUUCAGCUACGUUGACUCGUACCCCAUGCCGACUGGCCCCUUGGACAUUCCACGUACCCAGCCUGCCUUCGACUCAUACUUCGAAACCAUGACUCUCAGCCCCUACACCCAGUCUCUCCCGGACCAGUUGUUGUAUGACGAUCGUCUCGGUUUUGUGCCUAACCCUCAAGUCCCGACCCCGUCACUACUGGAGGAGCACUGGGAUCCGCUCUUUGAUGUGAAGACUCCAAUGAAUCUCAACUGCAGGCUACCUUUCGUCCCUGCGUAUCCUCCGGAACCAGUCUUGUCUCCUGUGGCAGCAGUCCCAGAUCCUCCUCCGGCCCCGCAAAGCGCGCAAAGACCAGACAAGCCAAACGCAUGUCCCUCAUGCGGAAACACGUUCACGCGCUCUGCCGACUUGAAGCGCCAUUAUACCAGCGUACACUACCCUACCUACCGUGACUGCCCCAUCGAAAACUGUUCGCGCAAAGGUAGCAACGGCUUUCCUCGACAGGAUCACUUGAAUGAGCACCUGCGCUCGUGCCACCAUGUCCCUCUACCUAAGCGGGGCCGGGUGUCUAAGAACUGUGUGUCCAAGAGGGCCAUUUAG